UCGCGAGCCACAGUGUGCUGACCACUGACCUAGAGGAUAUUAUGCUAAGCUAAAUAAGUCAGUCAGAGAAAGACAAAUACCAUAUGCACUUAUAUGUGAAAUCUAAAGAACAGAAUAAAUUAAUAAGCAAAAUUAAAAUAGACUCAUAGGUAACAGAACAGACUGAUGCUUGUCAGAGGGGAGGAAGGUUUAACUGGGUGAAAAAGGUGAAGUGGUUUAGAACAGUGGUUGGCAAACUGCAGCUCGCGAGCCUCAUGCAGCUCUUUGGCCCCUUGAGUGUGGCUCUUCCACAAAAUACUGACUUCUGUGCAUGGGCCAUGAAGUUUCAAUCGCACUGUACAUGCGCGCCCGCACGUGGUAUUUUGUGGAAGAGCCACACUCAAGGGGCCAAAGAGCCGCAUGUGGCUCACGAGCCGCAGUUUGCCGACCACUGGUUUAGAAGUACAAAUUGGUAGUUAAAAUAUAAUAAUGGGAAUGUAAAGUACAGCAUAGGAAAUAUAGUCAAUAAUCUGUAAUAAUCCUAUCUAAUAAUAGACAAACAUGGUAAUUAACCGUACCUCUGAUAUGCUUCCCAUGGGCUAAUUAGGGCGAUAUGCAAAUUAACUGCCAAGAAAGAUGGUGGUUAACCGCCAACAAAGAUGGCGGUUAAUUUGCAUACGUAGGCACAAUGAUGGGAGGCGAAAGGGGAAGGACGGAAGAAGCCACCUGCCGGUGUCGGAACCUAGGUGGCAGCCAAGAGCCGGAGAACUGGGCCACCUUUGUGAUCGGAGAAGCCAGGCUGCCUUUACCGGCCCUGGGCCAGUAAUCGGAGAAGCCGGGUGGGGCAGGGAAGAGGGGAUGUCCGCCUCUUGCCUGUCCCCGCCGGGCUUCUCAGAUAACUGAUCACCAGUGAUCGGAGAACACCCAGAGGCGGGGCCAGAGGCCAGGCUGCAUCCCUGCCUGGGGAUGCGAUCUGGUCCCGGGGUGACACAGCCAGGCCCCAGAAGGAGACCCAGGGGCCGGGCCUGUGUCGCCACUGGGGCACAUGAUCCGGUGCCUAGGCAGUGGCGCAUCCCCAGCCCCAGAAGGAGACCCAGGGGCCUCCCAAGCGGAGAGUCUCCAUGGUCAGACUGCGCAGUGUCGGGACAGGAAUAAUGAUGGAGGUGACUCAGAUGCCUGGCCAGUGGCGUUAGACUAGCAAGCAGGGCCUUUCAGCGGGGACUCGUGGAGCGAGGAAAGUGAGCGGGAAAUAGAGAACUACAACUCCCAGGAGGCUUAGCGGCCGUGGCCUGUGUGCCUGGCCAUGAAAUCGGAUGGGGCGAGUCGUUUUGCACUUUAAGAGGCUUGCAAGGUUGGAAGUUCUGCUGGGAGCCAGGGAGAAAUGGAGUUGGAGCAGAGAGAGGGGUCCAUGGCAGCUGUGGGCUUUGAGGAGUUCUCAGCAUCUCCCUGCUCGGAGUUGGCGCUGCCUCCGCUGUUCGGUGGUCACAUCCUGGAAAGCGAGCUUAAGACCGAAGUGGAGUUUGUGUCUGGGGGUCUGGGCACCUCCAGCCUCCAAGAGCGAGACGAAGAGGAGGAGGCAGCCCAAGGCCAGCGACCAUGGUGCCAAGUGGAACUCAAUCACAGGAAGUACCAGGUGCUGGGUCAGUGAUGCAGGGAGAUCGAGCUGGUCAACGAGCGGGUCCUGAACAGGCUCCAUCAGAUAUAGAGAAUAACACGGAGACUCCAGCAGGAGCGGAGGUUCCUCAUGAGGGUGCUGGACUCCUACAGCGAUGACUCCUGGGCCAGCCAGUUCACCAUCUUACUGGAGGACGAGGGCAGCCAGGGCACAGAUGCCCCCACCCUAGGCAAUGCCGAGAACGAGCCUCCGGAGAAAGAGGGGCUGUCCCUGCCCAGGAGGGCACCAGCGCCUGCAGAAGGCAGCAGCCCGGCCCCUGGUGAGGGGCCCAACGGUUGGAAGAGGCGGCGAGUGCCACGGGAAGGGUGCCGGGCGAGAGUCCCGCUGACUCCGGAGCUGGCCCCCAUGCAGAUAAAGGUGGAGGAAGACUUUGGCUUCAAAGUGGUCAAGGCUCUGGACUCAAGUUGGGUUUCUCGGGAGCCAGACAAGCUGCUGCCCUACCCCACCCUAGCCAGCUCCCCCUUUGACUGACCCCCCAAUAAACGGACCCCAUGCUCUCCUCGGCAAAAAAAAAAAAAAAAAAAAAAAAAGCUUAUAGAGGCAUGCUUAU